AUGAAGUUCACCACUAUCUUGGCUGCAGUCACCAGCCUCUUCACGGCUUCUGUCAUCGCACACGAGCAAUGGGUCUACAAUGACCACCGUCGGCCUCACGUGCAGCGCGCAGUUACGAUACUAGCGGAUGGCUAUGCCCAUACAGCAGAAUAUGGUGCUCUAUGUGCACGCUGGGACGGACCCCGCUGCCUCGACGACGAGGAAGGACCAAAUAUCUUCGACGGGGAAGAGCGUAAACGUCAGGAACUUCAAAGCCCUCAGGAGAAGCAAGAGGAGGCCCUCAGAGAGUUGAAGAAGAUCGAGAAGAUCUGGGAUGGAUAUUACGCGGAGAUGAAUAAUCUCAAGAAGAUGGAGAAGAUCUACGGCGGAUUUCAAAAGCAGAUGGAUAAGCUUGAGAAGAUGGCAAAGCUUUUCAGCAAGUACCCAGAGGCCUCUGAGCUUGAGGACAGUGGCGCAAGUGCCGAAGAGAUGUUGUAG